AGUUAUUAAACAGGAUACAGCAACUCGACAUACAUACAGCAGUCCCAUUUUGGAUAUUGACAGACACGUCACUACACAUAAGUGUCGACUGGGGUAACGUCACCAUGACCAAAAUAAAACGGAUAGGCUACUGGUUUUCGGAGGAGAAGUACCAUAAGUUAAAAUGGAUGGACUUUGAGCAAUACUGCAGUGAUUGUCAUGAUCACUCAGAGAUGGAACUGGUUAGGGUCGACUUAAGCCGUCCCUUACAUGAACAAGGGCCUUUUGAUGCAAUAGUCCACAAACUGAAUGAUCUAGUACUGCUGGCUGACCAAGGGGAGCAAGAAUCAAUAGUGCAAUUAAACAGGUUCCAGGAAUACAUGAAAAACCACCCAAACAUUCUGCUGCUUGAUCCAUUCCAAAAUGCUCGCAGGUUGCUCAACAGAUACGAAGUGUGUAAGCUUAUCACAGACAGUGAGAUUUGCAAGGGAGAUUCACCAAUCUUUAUACCCGAGUGGGCUGUGGUGACUUCUUCAGAUCCAGUCAAGUGUAAAAAAAUUCUGGAGGAAAGUAAUGUCACAUAUCCACUAGUGUGCAAACCCCUGUUGGCAGAGUCCCAUGAGAUGGCAAUCAUCUUCACUGAAGAAGGAAUGAAGGAUGUACAGCCGCCUUAUGUCGCGCAGUCUUUCAUCAAUCACAGUGCAAUUCUCUACAAACUCUAUGUUGUCGGUGACGAGCUUUUCUUCGUCCAGCGGCCAUCUCUGAAGAACUUCACUCCAGAGUCAGCCACAGAGACAGAUACCAUCUUCUUCCACACAUUUGAUGUGUCCAAGGAGAACUCUUCAGUCUUCCUGAACAAGAUGGACCCAGAGGACCAAAAAAAUGAUCUAAUUCAACCAAGAGAAUCCCACCUGAGGAAGAUUACUGACAGCAUUCGUGCAACAUUGGGAAUGGACCUCCUGGGAAUAGACGUGAUUAUUGAAGAUGAUACAGGGCGCUAUGCUGUGAUUGAUGUCAACGCCUUUCCUGGUUACAAGGGAAUCCCAGAAUUCUUCAAAGUCCUGAAAGAUUUUAUCUUGAAGAAAGUGACUUCGUUAGACGUAGAGAGCAACAAAUUGCUGGGACUCGAGAAUGGCUUACAUGGUCUGGAUGGUAUGUCAGCAUGCUGUGCAAUGAAUUACCAGGACCUUCAGGCAGCUGUAUCAUAGCUCAGGGCUGGAAGACACUGUGGGACCAUUUUGUCACAAUAGCCACCAUUUUGAUUAGUUCUGUUUUGCUCUUGUUCUACUUCAUUCUGUUGGCAUGUUGACAAGCAAAUGGUUUUUUGAUAUUCACAACUUCAUUAUCAGCAGUUGAUUACCAUUAAUCUAAAUUUCAUUAUAGACAGUCAUGGUUGAUAGAAUAAUCAGCUAUUGUGUGGACUUUCAACUAGAAUAAUAAUGAUAAUAAUUAUUAUUCACAUCCAAAUCAAAUGCCGGACAAGAGUACAGCAAGACUUAUUCAUUUAGCAUGAUGACGAGACCUGGUUCAUUGUCAGUCCCACUAAAUAUCGUCUGCUGUAGUGUUUGUAAAAAUUAGAUUAGGUGGCGGUUAUUAAGAGACCAAUUAGACAUUAGAUGCAUCCAUGCAAAAAAGACCAAAAAAAAAAGGAGACAAAAAAUUAGAUUAAGCCAUCUUAUUAGUAAAGAUCAGAUUACAGUGAUACCUAAUAACAAACCUUUUCUUGGGAGAAGGCAAAACAGCAGAUAUUAGAACUUUUUUGUAUAGACAUGAUAAAAGGGACAGUUGAUGGGAUUUGAGAGAAAAUGAAAAAAAAACAUACUUAUGAAUUAGCCUUAAUAGGUAGUCUGCACGUUUCCAGAGCUUACCAACUAUUACUUCUGAGUCAGUGACUUGCAGAUUGGAAAAAAAAGUACAAAAACAUGUUUUGAGACAACUAUUUUUAACUCAGCUGAAUGCAAACAGUCACAUGCUUUCCUUGUAUUUCACUUUUGUUGAAAAUGUAUUUUGUAAGAAAGGUUGUAAUACGGUUAAACAGCGUUAAUUUCAUGUUUGUUUGGACUAUUUGAAAGUAUAAAAGAAAGAUUCAAACAUCAAAAAUCCCAUGAGUAGUCCCUUUUAUAGACUGAAGGACAUCAAAAGGAGCAUUAUUUCCUGUGUACUUGAUUCAAGCGGGACAGAGAAGUUAAUCAAUUUGAUGAAAUAAUCAGCAAAAAGCUGAAGAAAUCAAUACAAUACUGAGGGUGGUAGUGGUUGUGUCACAUAAUAAUGUAUUGAAUUUUUAAUAUGCACUUGAUGCAUCAUGCACCAACUGAAAUGCAUAGUGAUCUGAAAUAAAACUUUAAUAUUUUACGAUGGCAGAUCCAGUAUCUUAUUAAAAAUAAAAAAGGGGGGACAGUUUUUUAUUUUCAUGAUUCUGAUCCUCCUCACCUGGAUUGCCUUUGAUUUUAAAGGAACAAAAAUAGUCCAGAGAUCUUCCAAGCAAUGCAUGUAAAAUAAAACCAAAACACAUCUCAGGAAAGAUGCAGAAGUCGUCAUACAAUUUGAUGUGUUCUUUGGUGUUAAUGUUUCAAAUACAGUUAUGUAUAUAAUGUACAUAUUUUUUAUAAGAAGAUGUAUAUUUUAUCAUCAUCUUUGCUAUAGGAGCUUUAUACUGAUCUUGAGUAUUUUACAUGGAAUUCUGCAUGUCAAGUGAGUAAUUAUUAAUGGUAAGGCUCAAAUGUGAAGAAAAUGAAGGAAAAGCAAGUUGUCAACCUUAGCAAAUUUUAUUUCAUUUUGAUAUUAGAUAAUUCCUUUAGGACAUUGGUAAGGGGAAGUCAUUUGAAAAUGUCUGAUUCCAAGUGUAUCUAGCAGUGGUAAAAAAAAUGGGAAAGGUUUAUUUACAGUUAAAGUGUCAGCAUUUUAUUCAGAGUUAUUUUUUGACAAUUUUAAAAUUGAAAUAAUGAAAAUUGAAUUGAACUAGCAGUGCCAGAUUCUAUGUAUCAUACUGACAACUAGUGCCUUUCUAAGGGUUAUGUUAUCAAUGUAUUUGAUUAAAAUUAUUUUGAACACACA